AUGGAGGAAGCAGUUUCCUAUUAUACUGUUAUACCAGAAUCGGAUUUCGACCUUGAUAUCCUCAUAACGAAGAUACCGAAACGAAAACCGAUUUUGAAGUUUGACUGGACAACAGGAGUGACCGUAGCUGCUGCUGCUGGUUGCGGUAUUGCUGCUUCUGUUGCUAUUUUUGCUUAUAACAAAUACAAAAAUCUCAAGAAUCAGGCGAAACGGACGGAACAAGAAUUAGAAAAAGAGAAGGAAAAUGCUGUUGCAGAAAACAGGAAAUUACGGACUUUGCUGGACGAGAGACAAAAUGCAAUCGAAGAAGCUGAAAGAAGGAUGGACAAACUUGUAGCUCAAAAUGAAGAGGAGAUCCUCAAAAGGGACGAGCUGAUAGAAGAAUUGAAACUCGAAAAUGAAGAAGUCAACGACCAGCUUGUCGAAUUUAUUCUACGGGAGUAUGAGAUUGAAAUUCUACUUGAAGAGGAGCGGGAGAGAGGGACUGAAAAAGACUUUCAAAUUGAAGAAUUAUUAAAUGCCGAAGGAAUUCUGAAACUGGAACACCAGGAACUGAAUGACAAGCUAGAAGAAUUGAAAUUCGAAAAGGAAGUAAUCAACGACCAGCUUGUCGAAGUUCUUCUUCGGGAGAAUGAGAUGGAAAUUCUACUUGAAGAGGAGCGGGAGAGAGGGACUGAAAAGGACUUUCAAAUUGAAGAAUUAUUAAGUGCCGAAGGAAUUUUGAAACGGGAACAACAGGAACUAAUCGACAAGCUAGAGAAAGCUCUCCUUCACGGGAAGGAGAUGGAGACUUUACUCGCAGAGGAACAAGAGAGAGUUGCCGAAAAGGAAUGUCAAAUUGAAGUAUUAUUAAAUGCAGAAGGAAUUUUGAAACGGACACAACAGGAACUAAGUGACAAGCUAGAGAAAGCUCUCCUUCACGGGAAGGAGAUGGAGACUUUACUCGCAGAGGAACAAGAGAGAGUUGCCGAAAAGGAAUGUCAAAUUGAAGUAUUAUUAAAUGCAGAAGGAAUUUUGAAACAGACACAACAGGAACUAAGUGACAAGCUAGAGAAAGCUCUCCUUCACGGGAAGGAGAUGGAGACUUUACUUGCAGAGGAACAAAAGAGAGGUGCCGAAAAGGAAUGUCAUAUUGAAGACUUAUUAGAAAUAGAACGAAAUCUGCGAUUGCAACAGCAAGAACUAAAGAAAAUAAAUGCAAAGCAGAGGGAGCAAUUGUUGGAGGAAUGGAAGGAGGUUGCUCUCCAACACGAGAAGGAGAUAGAGAGUUUGUUGAACGAAGCAAAAGAAAAGCAAAGAAACAUGAACAUCUUGAAGGAACAGUUGCAGAAGAAGGAUAAUCAAAUAAAAAAAUCAUUACUCCGAAUUGAAAAACUGAAAGGUGAAAUUCAAAUGUUGGAACAAAAAUUGGCAAGCACCCGGAAAGAAGGUGAGAUGAGAUAUCUUGAGAUGGUGCAAAGAGAAAAAGAACAAAUCGAAAUUAGCUUAUCCUGGCAGAUGAAGUUUGAAGAAAGCAACAACGAAGUGGAGAUCUUGAGACAAUGUGAAAAAGACCUCCGAGAAAAAGUGAAGGAUUGCGAGAGAGAACUGGAAAAUGCAGCCAUUCAAGCAAAGGCGUUGGAAAAUAAGGUCAGCCUUUUGGAAGAUAAGUUAAAGGAAAACUAUAUACUUUUGAAGGAUAAAGAGGAAGAGAAGAGGGAAAAAGACAGCGAAAUAAAGAGGCUGCUAGAGCAGGAGAGAAAUCUGCAGGAUAACUUGGAAAGUGCACUGGACAAGGAACAAAGCUUGAAACGCACGUUACAAUAUGCACAAGAGGAGGUCGUCUCGUUGAAGAAGAAGGAAAGUGAAAACUGGCAGGAAAUUCAACAGCUACUAGAAGAAUGCGAAAUGUUGAAGGAAAAAUGUAGGUUGCAAGAAGAUUUUAUCCUUAAAGAAGAAAAACGCGCCAGAGAGCAGCGAAGACUACAAGAAGAAACCUUGAGGAAUGAAGAUAGAUAUAUGUUGAUGACACUUCUACAUGGAAUUGCUGAGAGGAAUUUCCAUCUCGAGCACAUUGCAAAUGAGCAUGGAAACGAAAAUGAGAGAGACGAGGAAAUGUUUGAUCACAUGCUAAAAAGAAAAGAACAGCAGUUCUGCAUGGCCCAACAGGAGAAGAACUAUUACUUGAAAGAAUGGGGUGACUUAACCCAGGUGUUGGAAGAUUUACUAUGUGAAAAUGAAAGAGUGCUGGAAGUGAGGAAUACAAUUUCUGAUAAAAACUCUGAAAUGAUAAUACCUGAGAAUAAAGGAACCUAA